UUUAAGCUAUUCAAAUGAAAUAGUAUGAACUCUUUCGUCCUUGGUAUUGGCGACCAUUCAACCUGCCAUUUUUGCACAUGUCCGAGAUGAAGUCUAGCGACUGUAUUGUGUUGGAUGAUGACUUUGGGGGUUAUCCUGUUGAACACUUUUGUACCUCCCCUCGUUAUGAUGGUUACUUAGACUACGUUCUCAUACCAAAUGGUAUGAUUAAAGACAGGUUGGAGAAAAUGUCAUUAGAUAUUGUUAAUGCUUAUGAGGCUUCCAACGCAAAGUCGAUCACAUUAAUGUGUGUUCUCAAGGGCGGAUUCAAAUUUCUUGCAGAUCUUGUAGAUGGAUUAGAACGCACUGUCCGUGCGAGAGGGACUGUUAUGCCCAUGUCAGUUGAAUUCGUUCGUGUUAAAAGUUACGUUAAUGAUGCCAGCACACAUGAACCAUUACUAUCCGGUAUGGAGGAUCCUACGGAGUAUAGAAAUAAAGAUAUCCUUAUAGUUGAAGAUAUCGUUGAUACUGGCAAAACUAUUACCAAGCUUUUGAAUUACUUGAAAAGUUUGUCUACGAGAAGUGUCAAAGUUGCCAGCUUACUUGUAAAACGUACACCAGAUGGUAUCGGUUAUCGACCAGAGUUCAUUGGAUUUGAAGUGCCUAAUCGAUUUGUUGUUGGCUACGCUCUAGACUAUAAUGAACAUUUCCGUGAUUUACAUCAUAUCUGCGUAAUCAAUAAAAUGGGUAAACAAAAGUUCUCCGUGCCUUCUGCUUCGAAGUCACAUUGAACCUAGAGCAAUAUAUCCGACAGCCAGAAUUACACAGAGACAGAUGUUGCCUUUCCUUCUUUUUCUUCUGAACACAGUCUAUUGACAAUGUUUUCUCUCCAAGGAUAUGAUUUUUUAUGAAAAUGAAAUAAUGUAUACAAGCACGUUUAAGAAGAAAAACGAAGGAAGUGAACUCCUUCGUUAUCAUCGAACUUCUUAUUCAUUGCAUCGUUUUUCUUUCUGUUCCGUUCUAGUAAGCGUGUAUAUUUUCUAGAUAAUCUUACUUUAUGCACUUAUAUGUAUUGUAUAAUUUCGUUUUUGUGAACUCUAUGCGAAUCAUACAGUUUUUUUUAAAUAUGAGUGCUACGUUUUAUGCUUCGGUGUGUUCAGUGUGAAUCUCCGACGCUUCGCCUCCUUCGCCCAUCCAGCCCAAUCUUCAUUGUGUUUGAUUAUUAAACUAUGAUUUUUCAAUAUGAUUACUCAUAGUAAUAACAUCAUAAUGGGAAUAAUUUUAUGCUUUUACCAUCUACUGAAAUAUGAUUUUAAUAUUCUUUUCAAUGCUAUUAGAUAUUUUCGAUAAAAUAAAAUAAUAAUUGGAAAUAAAUUCAACUUACUUUGAUUAACGUCUGA